ACCGUGGUACGAGUGGAUGAAAACUUUCAGAACUGCUCCUAUUUUGCCAAUGAUGGUUACCGUUGUGUGCCUUAUGAUACCUGUAUCGAUGGAGAGAUUUUGACCAGUGGAGCUGGUCUGAUUGACGUCAGAAAUGGCUUCCUUGAGCCCGAUCUGUCUCAUUGCCCGAGUUACCUUGAGGUGUGUUGCCGGUUGUCCACACAUUUUGGAGAUCCUCUCAAACUCAAACCAAAGCCACCUACUCGGUCCCAACACGUGUCAAGUUGUGGAAAACGGAACCAAGAUGGCGUGGCAGUCAGGAUUCAAACCACUGACGACGUAAGCGGCACUACUCAAUUUGGAGAAUGGCCGCAUAUGUGCGCCGUGUUGCGAAAGGCCGUUAUUUUAGGCGAGGAGAUCAGUGUUUACCUAUGUGGAGGGUCACUCAUUCAUCGAAAUGUCAUCCUCACUGCAGCUCAUUGCAUCCAUAAAUAUGACGCAAGUGAGAUCCGUGUUCGAUGUGGAGAAUGGGAUACCCAACAAACAAUUGAACCUUUGCCCCAUGAGGAUCGAGAUGUCCGCUACUCUUCCAUUCAUCCCGCCUUUAACAAUGCGUCUCUUCACAACGAUUUUGCUCUUUUACAUCUGGAGAAGCCAUUCGAGCUGGCUCCUCACAUUGAUGUCAUGUGCUUACCCACGGAAGGGAGAUCUGGAUAUACAAAGGCCGGCUGUAUAGCCACUGGUUGGGGAAAGGAUCAGUUUGGCAUUCAAGGAAAGUAUCAAGUUGUUCCCAAGCAAAUCAUCUUGGACUUGGUAUCCAAUGGUGAUUGCGAAGACACCUUGCGGAGCACCCGCUUGGGACAGUCUUUCAUCCUAGAUAAGUCAUUCAUUUGUGCUGGAGGCCAAGAAGGCCAAGAUACUUGCAAAGGAGAUGGUGGAGGUCCCUUGGUUUGCCCUAUGGAUGAUGGUUCUUACGUUCAAACCGGAAUCGUGGCUUGGGGGAUUGAUUGCGGAAAGAACGGCAUACCUGGUGUGUAUGCAAAUGUAAAGGACGGCCUUUGCUUUAUGGAUUAUGCCUUGAGAUGCCAAGAGGGGCGAGAGGUUGCCCAAGAAAUUGGAAUUCGAGGCUGCAGAGGAUGGAUGAGGGAACAAAAUAAGCUUCUUACAAGUCAAAGAUCUAAAUAUCAGGCCUUGGUUUUGGCCACAGAAGGACGAUCGAAGGCCAGCCAUAACAGAAAACUCCAAGAUACCAAACAGUUGAUCAAUAAGUUUAGACGGUUUAAGAUGGAAUGCAAGUUGAAUCGUCGAGAAGAGACGGAAACAGACGUAGAUGAGGUUGGGGAGCCCGUUGACGUUUCGCAAUUUGUCAGAAUUGGAGGAGGAGGAUUUGAAGCUCAGACGGAAAGCCCCAUUGAAAAUGAAGAUCCGAUUGAAACGACAACCUUGUCGGCUAGUACUGAAGAAAUGGGAAUGGUCGAGGAAUAAAUAUGAAAUACAGACAUUCAGCUCAAAAAGGUCAA